GCUGCUCGGCUGCGUCAGAGUCCAGCUGAGCGAAGGAAGAAGGAAACGAGGGAUAAAAGGGAGAGCGGUUCUGAGAGCGGACGGACCUGCGUCGUGUGCACCGCGGACGGACAGACGGGCAGACAUGGAGGGCUCCACGGAGGAAGACUACAAACAGAAAUUAUUAUGGAACGUCAAACGCGAGGUGAAGCAGGUUAUGGAGGAAGCGGUGACUAAGAAAUUUGUCCACGAAGACAGCAGCCACAUCAUUGCUCUGUGCACUGCCAUUGAGGCCUGCCUCGGUCACCUGCUUAAGAGACGAGCGGCUGGGUUUCUCCGCAGCGACAAGAUCGCCGCCCUCUUCACCAAAGUGGGCAAAAUCUAUGACACCGCUGGCGAAGUUUGUCGUAAAGUGCAGGAGCAACUCCAACAGCAGUCGGAUCUCACCAGAAGAACCCAGAGUGUGAGCCAUGAGCCUCUGAGGAGACAGGGCUCCUCCACCACCAGCCGCCCCCCGCAGUCCCUCUCCGCCCAGGCCAUCAAACACAUCUGGGUCCGAACGGCUCUUUUCGAGAAAGUUCUGGACAAGAUAGUGCAAUACAUUGUGGACAACUCCAGUAAAUAUUAUGAGAGGGAGGCUCUGAUGCAUGACAAAGUCUUCGGGCCCAUCCUGGCAGUCCUGCUGGUGGGGCCCUGCGCUCUGGAGUACACCAAACUGAAGACCUCCGAUCACUUCUGGACUGACCCCUCAGCCAACGAGCUAGUUCAGCGCCACCGUAUCCACGGGGCCCAUCGGGGCCAAGACACCCCUGCUGGCCGCCGGCCCGCUCUGGGGAUCCGUAAGAGGCAGUCCAGCGGCAGCAUGUCAGAGGACAGGUUUGCUGCAUCAGCGCGGGAGUACGUGGAGUCUCUGCACCAAAACUCCAGAACACACCUCCUCUACGGCAAGAACAACGUCCUGGUGCAACCGAAGAAGGACAUGGAGGUGUUGCGAGGCUACUUGUCUCUCCACCAGGCGGGAGAACACCUCACCCUGAAGUGGACCCCCAACCAGCUCAUCAACGGCACGCUGGGAGAGUGUGACCUGGAGAAGAGUAUCUACUGGGACUACGCACUGACUGUCCCUCUGCGCCAGAUAGUGUGUAUCCACUGCCACCAGCGCCCUGAUUGUGGUGGUACGCUGGUUCUUGUGAGUCAGGAUGGAAUCCAGCGGCCGCCUCUCCACUUCCCCCCCGGCGGUCACCUGCUGGCCUUCCUCUCCUGUCUGGAAACAGGCCUCUUACCCCGGGGUCAGCUGGAGCCCCCCCUCUGGUCACAGAAAGGCAAGGGUAAAGUGUUCCCUAAACUGAGGAAGAGGAGCAGCGCUGCUAGACUGCUGGACCAGGACGGGAGCGUGGAGGAGGAGACGGCUGCUGACUACGUGUUCCGCAUCGUCUACCCUGGAUAUCGAACCGACGCCAUCACUAUAAACUACCACCACACCACGGGCAGCCGCGCUCCGUCGUUGGACGAUGACGAGGAAGAGGAAGAUAGGCUCCAUGCUAUGAUCUCAAUGAUCUGCUCGCGGAACCUCACAGACCCUAAUGUCAUGAAAGACCACGGGGAGAUGAUGGAGAUGCAGGGCUUCGGAGGCAGCCCGUCGUCGUGGCAACAGGGCGAAGCAAGCGCUCACGAACCGCUGUGCCUGUCCUGCUCCACGGCGGGCACCAACGUGUCCUUCGAAUUCCCCGCCGGCUGCACCUGCAUCCACCCGGCAGACAUCCACACUAUUCCUCUUAAGAUGCUCUGCCAGAACAUGAAGAGGCAGAUCGUCUCCAGAGCCUUUUAUGGAUGGCUGGCCUACUGCCGACACCUGUCCACCGUGCGGACUCACCUGUCAGCUCUGGUCAACCACAACAUGGUCCCCCCCGACAGACCCUGCGAGGCGUCCGGGGGCCUCAGCAAGGAGGUGUGGAGCAAGUACCAGAAGGACUGCAAGAACUAUAAGGAGCUGGAGCUGCUGAGGCUGGUUUAUUAUGGCGGAGUGCAGCAUGACAUCAGAAAGGAGGUGUGGCCUUUCCUGCUUGGACACUACAAGUUUGGCAUGGGCAAAAAGGACAUGAGUCAGAUUGAUGCAAAGAUCAGCGAGCGCUACCAGCAGGUGAUGCGGGAGUGGAAAGCGUGUGAGGUGAUCGUGAAGCAGAGGGAGAAGGAGAUGCAGUCGGCCAUCUUUGCCAAGCUCUCCUCGGGCAGCAGCAUCGACAGCCACGUCCUGCGACUCGUUCACAGAGACUCCACGCUCAGCAACGAGGUGUUUAUGUCGGUGGACGAGCCGGAUGCGGGGAGCCAGGAGAUCCCCAGUGGAGAGGACGGUACCCCCACCAUGACCACCCUGGUUCCCCCUGCAGUCCUCCCCCCAGAGGAGCGACCGCUGGUGGAGUUUGACUCCCCCGACUCGGGUCUCCCCUCCUCCAGAAACUACUCAGUGACCUCUGCUCAUUCCCAGAUCCUGUCCAGCAUCGACGACGGGCAGAGCACGGAGGAGGAAGGGGGGGGGCGGGGAGGAGGGCAGGACUCCGGGGGGGCGCAGGACUCUCUGACUGAGGACAGGCUGUGCAGUCAGCUGGACAAACUGGUGACCAACGGAGGAGCUGCAGAGGGGUUUUCACCCUCACUCUCCUCAUACACAAUCGAGCUGUUGGACACCGUGGCCCUGAACCUCCACAGGAUAGACAAAGAUGUGCAGCGCUGCGACCGCAACUAUUAUUACUUCACCCCAGCCAACCUGGAGAAACUACGCAACAUCAUGUGCAGCUUUGUGUGGGAGCAUUUAGAGAUGGGCUACGUUCAGGGCAUGUGUGACCUGCUGGCUCCUCUCAUGGUCAUCCUGGAUGAUGAGUGCCUGGCCUACAGCUGUUUCACUCAGCUAAUGAAGAGGAUGAGUCACAACUUCCCUAAUGGUGGAGCCAUGGACACACACUUUGCCAACAUGAGGUCCCUGAUCCAGAUCCUGGACUCGGAGCUGUUUGAACUGAUGCAGCAGAACGGAGAUUACACUCACUUCUACUUCUGUUACCGCUGGUUCCUGCUGGACUUCAAGAGAGAGCUCCUGUACGAGGAUGUGUUUGCGGUGUGGGAGGUGAUCUGGGUGGCUUCCAGGAUUUCCUCGCAGCACUUCGUCCUCUUUCUGGCCUUGGCCCUGGUCACAGUGUACCGUGAGAUCAUCAGGGACAACAACAUGGACUUCACUGACAUCAUUAAGUUCUUCAAUGAGAUGGCUGAGCGUCAUGAUGUCCAACAUAUCCUGAAGGUAGCGCGGGAGCUGGUGCACAGAGUCCAGUCUCUGAUGGACAACAAGUGACUGUAGAGGACUGUGAGGAUUCAGAGGGGGGGGGGGGGGGGCACUCUCCUCCCCCAGAGAGACAGUGUUUCCAGGCCUUCCCCUAUCCAGAGCAGGGCCGGGGGGUCCAGGCCUCCCUCCUGCCCAGCUGAAGGCCCUGGGAGUGGGGCAGAGCGCCGCAGCAACAGCCUGGCUCUGGAGCUUCAACUGUUUACAUUCACCUUCACAUGGAAUGCCCUCGGUGUCCGUUCAGACAUGUGGAUUUGUCUGCAUGCUUGUGAGUUUGAUCACACUGUGAACACAUCCUUGAGUCUCCCCAGUGCUACAGAGCUUGUGUGCGUGCAUGAAUACACACACACACACACACACACACACA